AUGGGCGAAAACGGGGAAAAAGGGAAAACCGAUGCUACUGCUGCGUGUGCUAGUUGCUACAACACGAUAGAACAGGAACAACAUGUGGGGGCCGUUGGUCAAAUGUGGCACUCAGAAUGCUUCAGGUGUUCUGUUUGCGAUGCACGAUUGUCGAGCUGGUACUUCGAGAAGGAUGGUCUAUUAUUCUGCAAGGAUGACCAUUGGAGAAAGUUUGGCGAAUGUUGUCAGCAGUGCUCGCAGUUUAUCUCCGGGCCUGCCAUGUUCGCUGGAGAUCACAAGUUUCAUCCAGAGUGUUUUCGAUGUGAAUCGUGCAAAAUAUUCAUCGGAGACAGGGAGUCAUACGUACUGUUAGAACGGUCGAAAUUGUUCUGCGGCCAAUGCUACAGGAACCAGCAGUGCGCGUUAAUGGAGGCAUCUCAAAACGGCACGAUUCAGCUACCAUCGCAGGGCAAAUUUGUGAAGGAAAAGCAAAGAAUACCCCAUUCAAUCCGCCUGGUGGAAAUUCCUUGGAGUGGGUCUCGAUCUGAUCGAAUCCGCUUGGCAGCGGACGAUAAAUCGUUCAUUCAAAACGGGAAAAACGUUGUCAGCGAAUGCAAGAGUGUUAGGAUAUCAGAGGUGUUCUGCACAGCGUACGGACAAAUAGGAAAAUACAUAUUUUCUUGCAUUAACAGUGCGCUGGAUUCUUGCUGUGGUUUGCUCCAUUUUAGAGUGACACUCAAAUCAGAUUUGAUGUCCCUGCGGGUCGGUGAUAAGGUGCUGGAAGUCAACGGAACCCCAGUACGCGACGUGCCACUGGAAAAUCUACAGAAUCUCAUCGAAACCUCUGCGGGAAAAACCCUGCAGCUGACGGUAGAGCAUGAUCCCGAUGUUAUCGAGCGGUCGUUGGGAAGGCUUGGUGACGACGAAUCUCUUUCGGCAUCUUAUUGCAAUGCUCAGAGUUCGGAUACUUCAAAUAACAAUGUAGACGACGAAUCCAGUCGAAGUCUGUCGCCUAGCAAGCUUGAACGCAUUUUCAAGAAGAAAGAUGAAGGCUACAUGAGUGGAUCUACCAGAAAGCUGCAGAAGCGCGUGAAGGAUGUCAAUUGCAACACUGCUACGAAUAGUCUCAAAGAGAAAGAACGCAGCUCGAGCAUGUCCCGUCUGUUGGACGAACACCGUGCAAUGGUGGCUGGGGGUGAAUUUUACGAUCUCUCAAGGACGAAAUCGUUUCGGGUGGAACCAAAGGCGGCUCGAAUUUUUCGCGCUUCAGAUUUAGUGCAGGGUGAGCUGCUAGGAAAAGGUUUCUUCGGUCAGGUGUUCAAAGUGACGCAUCGUGUCACUCAGGAAGUAAUGGUGCUGAAGGAGCUGUAUCGUGUUGACGAAGAAGCGCAGAAGAACUUUCUCAAGGAGGUGGCCGUGCUGAGAUCGUUGUCUCACCAUAACGUGCUGCGAUUUAUCGGUGUGCUGUAUAAGGACAAAAAGUUGCAUCUUGUGACAGAGUUUAUACCGGGCGGUUCGCUAAAAGAACUGAUACACGAUUCGGGACAGCCGUUAAGCUGGGAGCAACGAAUUUCGUUCGCGCGUGAUAUCUCGAGCGGAAUGAGUUAUCUACACUCAAUGAAUAUUAUCCACAGAGAUUUGAACUCGCUGAAUUGUUUGGUGCGUGAGGAUGGCACGGUAAUAGUAGCGGAUUUUGGACUUGCCCGUAUCAUCAAGCAACCUCUAGUGAGCUCCGGCUACGACAAGUGCUCCAGCGGAAAUGGCACGAUUGGACGAAGGGGACGUCCUCGCCGGCAACGGUACACUGUAGUUGGAAAUCCGUACUGGAUGGCACCGGAAAUGAUGCGCGGCAAUAAGUACGAUGAGAAGGUGGACAUUUUUUCAUUCGGAAUUAUGCUAUGCGAAAUCAUCGGACGCGUUCAGGCAGAUCCUGACUUUUUGCCACGCUUGCCAGAUUUCGGGCUCAAUCAGGUUGUGUUUCGGGAAAAGUUUUGUGGCCAGUGCCCGGAACCGUUCUAUAGGAUUGCCUUCCUUUGCUGUGAUUUAAAUCCUGAUAAACGGCCUCCAUUCCAGCUGUUGGAAGUAUGGUUAGCAACUAUGGCCACGAUGACGGCUCUUGACCGGCCUAUUCCGGCAGGAAUAGUACAUGAGAUAGAACAUUUUAAGGGUCAGCAGAGUGCUGAGUCUAGUCAUUGUACCACUCCGGACGGAUUGAUAACACCACCAUCUUCUGGGGGAUAUGGUUUGAAGCCGUCUCUCAGCCGGAAACGCGUGUGUGAGGGCCAAGAGGACGAAGUUGAACGACAGCAUAAGCUGAACGAUAUGCAAAUAUCAAACAUGGAUGUAGUGGAUGGUGUAAGAUCUGUAGAAGGUGUUUGUGCCGAGACGGGAUGUCAAAGCAGCUCUACAGCUCCGGCUGAUAAUUCUGGUGCUACUGGUGGAGGCCCAGGUUUCGUUGUUGUGGAGUUUAACGACAUACCAAAGUCGCCGCACUUGAGCAAGGAUUUCUCUGCUAACGGCGAUCGUAUAAGGGACAGUAUCCGUGCAAAACGACGACAACGUAUGAUGCUAAGUAGAGAGAAUCAACGGAAAUCGCUCGACUCUAGUCUACUAGCGGCAAGACUAGGAGCAGUUGAUCGGCUAGUCGAUAGCUGUGGGGAUCCAGAAAACGGAAGCGCCUCGGAACCGAUUAGCUUAAUUAUGACCAACGAAAUAAUAUCCAACAAAGAUCCCGGCAUGGAAAAGCUUUCAACUGAUCAGGUGCUGGCGUCCGUUAAAGACAGCUUGGAACAAAAUAAUUCACUAUUGGGGCAAGAGCGGCAGAUUGCGGACAAUGGCGAUGAGCCAGUUUUGCAACCUAAAACUAAACAUUACGGCGAGAAAGGUUUCAUAAUUCAUGUGCAAAACGGGUAUCUGACGCUAAACAACGUGCGUGAUUUGGACAACUGUUCAGAUUUCGAUUCCAGCUGCGAUACGAGUCUCAACUAUAUCGAAGUAAAUGGAAAUCGUGUGGGAGGUGAUGGUGUUGAGUCUGCAGUGGAUUCAGUCACACCGUCUGCAAGUUUGUGUGAGAAUCGGUUCAAUUCCGUGACAAAAAAUCUGGAUGAAAAUUGUGUGGAUCACCCUGUCCAUCAUCCAGAGAAAAAUGGAACGACACUUAGAAAAUGUGAAAAAGAAAAUAUUGCCCUCGAUAGUACAACGACUAAAUUACCGGAAGAAACCAAAGCUAACGCUUCAACGAAGAUAACAUCACCCUUGACAUCGAUUCCUCCUGAACGCAACGGUUCUGUAUUCGGAGAAACGAGUAGCCAUGAUGGUAAAGAUAGGCCUGUGAAAGCUGAGGAUAAACGGAUCACAUCCAGUGCUCAGAAAGCCGUCCAGUAUACACGUAAGCUGUUCCGGGCAGCUGAAUCAUCCAUGAUCCACGGAUCAUCUAACUCGAAACGAAGUCAUGACAUUCCUAUGACACAUGGAACUGAUGGUACAUCAAACAAGCCUCCGGGCAAAGGUCACGUUCGGACAGCUUCUUCCGAACGAUCUAUGUUUUCAAUAAAGCAAAAAAUUUCCCCAACCUCCGAUCCGGCGCCACAGUUAAGUUUUGGUGGUCCAAUUACCGUACCAUCUUCCUCUGGAGGGCAAGGAUCUAUGCUUCGUUCCAAAUCAAAUAUCCCAGGUACUACAAGCUCUGCUGCUAUGUACAAAUCUAAACUAAACGAGCCGAUCGAUGGGGGCAUUUCCAAUUAUGGUGGUGUAUUUGCUAGCAAUGCAACGCGUAUGUCAUUGGGGUACCGAGAGAGCAGAGGAAUUGGGAAACUUGCAAACGUAGCUAAGACGAAAGUGUGUGCUGAUAAUGCGAUCUGUGUUGACGGCAUGAUUCCAUCCACUGGCAAACCGCCAAUUAACUGCACUACUAGCGGUAUGAGUCCUGCCAACUUGAUGCGGUUGAGCAAAGCGCGUACCUAUCGACCAGCGGAUAAGAUGAACUAUGGUGAUAGUCGCGUUAACGCUUCGAACAAGGAAAGGUACACAGCGAACUUGUCCCCAACGAUCGGUAGCAGUGGAAGCAAUUCUCGUACGGAGUCUCCUUCUCCACCGGUUCCAAAUGGCAAGCCGGUAGCUGGGCCCAUGACUGGAAAUCGUAGCAUCGGCAUUCUUUCUCCGUCCAGCAUUCGUCGCCUGAAUGCUCGUUUGUUGGAGGCUCGUAAAGUAACCAACUCGUUGUCUGCGGAGCAGCCCGUUCCACCUGGAACGAAAUGUAAGGGAGCUAAUACAAUACUCUCCCUGCACAGUGGUACGAAGAGGCCAGGAGUGGCACGGAAAAUGCCAUCAUCGCCGACGGGACCGGCGAGGGAUACACUCUUAAGUGUCGUUUCCGGUUGUGCUCGGGAACGGAAAGUACUCACGCCAACGACACUUGUCAAGGUGCCCAAGUGA